AUGACAAAAAAGAAAAAUAAAAACAAUCAAAAAACUAGUCUACAAAUUUUUUUAGAAAAAAUAAAUAAUGAAAAACUUGCCAUCCUUCGAGCAACUAAAAAUGAAAGAGAAAUUAAUGAUUUGCUAAGAGAAGCCAACAACUAUCUCACUAAUUACUUAACGGCUAGCGAAGAUGAAAAGAUAAGAAGCAUAAUUAACGAACACUUGGAAUUUCAAGACGAAGUUUUGGAGUUUGAUGUCGAGCAAGAUUAUUAUGAAAUUUUAGAGGUAGAGGAAAAUGCAAGUUCAGAAGAAAUUAAAAAAGCCUGUAAAAAACUCUGUUUUAAGUGGCACCCUGAUAAAAAUAAUGACUCUGAAGAAUCUAAAAAGAAGUUUCAAGAAAUUCAAAAUGCUGCUGAUAUCUUGCUUAGCAAUCUUCUGGGUACGGUUGAGGAGGCAAUUGGGAGGAAGAGAGUUCUCCUCGAGGAGGUUGAGAAAGUGAAAGAGAAGAAUAUUGAAGUGGCGGUUGAGGAGGAGAUGAUAAGCGAACUUAACGACACUCUUUGGGUGCCUUAUGAGAAUUUCACAGAUAAAUUUGAUAGCCUAUCAACUGAGGAAGAAAUCAACGCUUUAUACUUUAAAAUAUUGGAGGACAUCGAAAAGAAACGUAGAAAUAAAAAUAAUUUGUCCGGAUUGAGAACAAACUCCAUAAAAAGAAUAGAAAAUUUGCUUAAAGAAAACCAAAUGGGUUUAGAAGACAUCGAUAAAAAAGAAUACGGAAAGUUAUUUUUGGCUUUUGGUUCUAAUCAUGAUUGCCUAAUACUUGCAAAUUAUAAGCAACAUAUCAACAAUUGUUUAAUGAAAAUAAGUGAUAUUCAAGUUUUUGAAAAUCGUUUGGUUGAAUUAAUCAAAAGUGAGCAAAAGAAACUAAAAAAAAUUAAAGAACAGAUAGUAAAAGAAAUAAAAAAAGAAAUCUUUCCUUUCAAGUUAGAAGAAGAAAUGGAAGAAAAAACUAGAAGUGAGGCUUUACAAGAAAUAAAAGAAGCACUUAAUCCUCAAGGUCAAUUGGCUGUCCAAGUAAACGAACUAGGGGUUAUUUUUUCUAGCACAGGUUUUUGUUCUUGUUUCGGCUACCAAACUUACAAGGAGCAUAUUAAUAAGCAUCUAAAAGAAAUUAUUCAAAUAAUAAAUUUUAAAAAUCAAAUAAUCAGUUCAAUUAAUAACAAGCGAGAAGAAAAAAGGAAGUCACGUAAUCAGCGCAAGAAAAUUCGAAGGCAGUUGGAUAACUUUUUAGAAAAAACUAUCGCUAGUGAACUUAACAAAAUCGAGAAAAUUGAAGAGAUUGAUUUAUUAAUUGAAAAGGCAGAGACUUUUCUAGCAAAUGGACUGUAUAUAAAUGAAGAAAAGCGAGAGAUCCAAGCCGCUAAAAGCAAAUUAGAAAGUAAAAAAGAAGCACUAAAGAGCCGAAGUCAAGCAGGAGAGGAAAAAGAUAAAAUGAUUUUCCAAUUGCAAAAUUCAUUGAAAAAAGUUAGUGAAGAGAGCCAGGUAUUAGUCGGAAAAGUUAAAAGUUUAGAGGCGAACCGGGAAGUAGUUCAAGGAGAAGUUGGACGGUUGCAGCAUGAGUUUAAAGAAGAAAAAAGCAAAAAUACGCGACUCCAAAAACAAUUAGAAUUUAAGCAAAAAGAAUUGGAGAGUAAGGAAAAAGAAAAUAUUUCUAUUCAACAGAAAUUAAAAAACCAAAACGCGGAAUUGGAUAUGCUGAAAGCAAAAGUUUCGACCCAAGAAAAAUUAAUCGAUCGAUAUUUACAGAAGCAAAAAAAUGAGGUAGCAGAAUUAGAACAGCAAUUGUCUAGCCUCCGAAUACAGGAUAUAGAGAUGGAAGCUAAAACGCAGCAGGCUAAUUUUCCACCUUUUGGAAAGAAAUAA